AUGUUGGUGCUUGGCGGAUGGGGUCUUGUUGAUUUUGCGUUGCUUGGACAACGUUGGACUUCAUAUGAACAUUAUCACUUGCCUGACUGUCUAUUUGAGGCGAAGCAGAGCACAGUUGACGGCGGAGGGGAUGACAGAUUGAAACUCUGGGACUGUGACAGCUUACAUGACUUUACGAUUCUCAACCAGUAUUAUCUUGUCCUACCUGAACCACAUUUUUGCCAAAACUUCCACCAACUGCUGAACUGGACAACAGUCAGUCCCGAUGCCACGAUGAGGCUCUUCACCCCCGCCACGAAAACCACAACCAUUAGAGCCAUAACAACAAAGAGAUUCCUCACCCACCAUGUCCUCUUGGCAACUCGCUUUUCUACAACUACAACAAGAAUAACAACCCACCAUGGCAGUCACAUAAGACCAUACUCCUCCGAAAAGGGCACUCCCCCAUCACCUCUUUCCUCCCAAUCCCAACCUCAAUCGACCUUCAACCCCGAAAUCUACCUCCAAACCGCCACCACAACCCUCUCCCUCAUCCCACCCAAACUCAUCCCCGACACCCUCCACCCCACUCAAUCCCAUUUGCUCUCUCUCGCUUUAUCUUCUCACCUGCCGAGCAUUUGUCUUUCCCAGGGCUUUAACGCUCAGCCCCCCUCCCCCAACAAGUCCAUAUUCCCAUGGCCUGACCAGGAAAACAACCAGCUACCGCCGGGGUAUCACCUAAUUUACUACCCCCUCCAAACCCCUCCCCACUUGCUCUUCCCCGACGGUACAGACGCUGACCAUUGCCCUGGAGGCCCCUUUACGAGGAGGAUGUGGGCGGGCGGGAGAAUUGAUUUCGGCAAAGGGGAGUCGGAGGAGCAACAACAACAACAACAACAACAACAACAGUUCAAGGUGGACGGGAGGAAGACGGUUUGUGUUGAGACGCUAGGGACGCCUGUUUUGCAGGUUGGGAACAGCGGGAAGGAGCAGGAUCAGAAAGUGUAUGUGGAUGUUUGGAGGCGGUAUAUUUCUUUCCCGCCGGAGGCAACAUCGAAGGAAGUCGAAAGGGUGGUAGCAGAUGUCAUCAACAGUUCAUCAACAACCCCCACCACCCACAACAAAGAGCGCAAAGAAGAAGGCGUAAUUUCUGAACUCCGCCGCCUCGUCUUCCUCCGUGAGCGCCCCGACGACGACGACGAGCGCAGCGAACCUUUCCCAAGCCCAAUCCCAAACCCAAACCCAACAAAUCAUCCCCAACAGAAACUCGAACCAGUACCAGCUCCAGCUCCAGCUCCAGCUCCAGCGAGGAUCAUCCGCGUCCCUCACCAACCCGAUUUCUCGUUUAAAAUGACGCCAGACGCCACUUUGCUCUUUCAGUUCUCCGCGCUGACGUUCAACGCGCACGCUAUCCACUUGGACCCGCUGUACGCGAGAGAGGUGGAGGGGUAUAAAGAGCGGUUGGUGCAUGGACCAUUGACGUUGGUGAUUAUGUUGAGAGGGGUGGAGGGAUUUUUGAAAAGGGCUGCUGCUGCUGCUGCUGCUGCUGGGGUUGGGACUGGGACUGGGACAGGUGUUGAUACGACGACAACGGCGGCAGCGGCGGCGAACUCAUCGGUUGGGACUUCUGGAGUCUCCGAGGUGAUCAAGGAGAGGUUGUUUGUCCCGCCGGGAGAAGAAACAGCGGAUGGAAAAAGGAAAAAGCGGUGGGAGAUUGCAAGUAUAGAGUACAAAAAUCUCCGCCCGCUGUUUGUAGGUGAGGAGAUGAAGGUUUGUGUGAGGUUGUUGCCGAAUAGAGAGAAGAAGAGUAGCGACGGCGGCGGCGGCGGCGACAAGGCGGGCUUAGGCUUGAGUCUGGGUGCACGCAGUGAGAGGGUUGAUGUGUGGAUUGAGGCGCCGGAUGGGGGGAUGGCUGUAAAGGGAACUGUUGGAAUCCAGUGGAGGUAGUGAAGAGAGAGGUGAAGAGAGGUUAACGUACAAGACCUGUACUUUCUCGUCUCCCUAUCUAUAUGUUUACGCCCUUACCUGUCCAU